AUGACGACUCACCUUCUCCCCAUCGCUCUGCUCUCCUUGCUCGCCGCGGCCUCGUCCCACCACCCGAUUGCAGCUUCGCCGCACGGCAGGGACGUCGUAGUGGCGGUCCGGGAGAUGCAGCGCGCCAGCUACUUCUCCUUCGCCAUGCUCAUCCAGAUGGUGCAGGACAAGCUCCCCGACAACUCCACCUUCCUGAUGCCCAGCGACAGGAUGCUGUCCAAGAUCCUCAUCCCCGAGAACGAGGUGGUGGCGUUCCUGGGCAGGCAUUCGAUCCCCUCCCUGCUGCUGUUCGACGACCUGCGGCGUCUCCCCUCGGGGACUCUGGUUCCCACGUACCAACCUGAUUCCAUGAUCACAGUGAACAACAGCGGGAGGAGGAACCUGUACCUCAACGGCGCGCUGCUGGUGCGCCCUAAUGUUUGCACCGCUGGCUCGUCGUUCAGGUGUCACGGAAUCUACGGAGAGAUGACAGCGGUCGCCGUGAACAGAGCUGCGCCACCCAACUGCGCCGGAGCAGCCCCGCUGCCACCAGCGGCGGCAGUCCCUCUCCUGGCACCGCCACCUCAGCCGACUUCGGUCGCUCCCCCUAGUGUGAACGCCGCCGUCAGUCCUUCCCCUGCAGGAUUUGACAACAGUGCGAGGAGGUCGGGUUCUCCCGCGAUCAGUUUUAGCAUGGCCUGCUCUGCUGCCAUAGUACAGUUCCUAAUAUUAUCAAUGGUGAACAAUCCAAGUUAG